UCAUCAUCCUCAGACCUGUAGAGUAACUGUAGAGACACUCAGUCCAGCUCCUCUGGAUCUUCACAGUAACACCCCAUCAUCAUCAUCCUCAGACCUGUAGACCUGUAACUGUAGAGACUGUCAUGUUGCCUGAUAACUCUGCUCCCUGUUCCCGUGUGUCUUGUGUGUGGUCGCUCAGCCCAGGCAGCGUGGCGGGCCCAUGUACCGACAGUUUGAAGGGAGGAAGAGGCGGCAUUCCCAGGCAUCUGAUGAACCAGACAGCAAAUUCCGGCGGACAGACUCGGAAGGAGAGGAUUCGGAAUACGGUGAGGAGGAAGAGAAUGAAGACGAGGAAGGCGAGGAAGGUGGAGAAGAUGGAGGAAAGAAAAAGAAAACUGGAGAGGAAGAUGAGGAUGACGAAGAGGCCAGGAAGCGCCGGAAGGACAGGAAGAAGCAGGAGAAACGGCAGAAAGAGCACAGGUAGCGUGGCGGGGGUGGGGCAGC